AUGUCGAAUCCUCCUCAUAGAAGUCAUAAACGGCAAAAAUCAUCAGUACUGAAUCAAAGUUUUUAUUUUAAUCAACCUACAAAUCAAUCUGAAUCUGCACAAUAUACAUCAUCAACUUCAUACAGACAAGAUCCACCACAACAACAGCAGCAACAACAACAUGAUCAACCACUUGAAGAACUGUCAGAAUCUCAACAAACGUCAUUAUUACCAUCAGUAGAUCAAUUACCACAACUGCAUACAGUAAAUGAAGAUUUUUAUUCGAAUUUUUCCACUAGAAUUCAUCCAAGAUCAAAUCCAACACCCCAACAUGAAAUCAAAUUGCAUUCUUCAUCAUUGAAAAGAGGUGCUAAUGUAGCAUUUGAAUCAUCUCAAAAUUUAUCAAAUACUACUCCAACUCCAACAAAUUCAACUUAUUAUCCACAAGGUUCUAAUUAUCAAGAUCCUAAUCAAUUUUUGCAACAUCAACAAUAUCAACCUUUUCCUCAAAUUGCUCAACCAUCUUAUUAUCAGCAUCCACCUCCAUCAUUUGCUCCACCUACAUCUAGUUUUUCAGGAUCAGUUUCAAGUAAUAUCAAUACUCCACCAAUAAUUGGACCUUCAAAUUUCAAUUCUUCAAUACCACAAUCGCAUUCUAAUUUUCAAGCAUCAGACAACUCAACAAGUUAUCCAUUUCAAACUAAUUAUAAUAGUGCAUACUUUCCCAACGUUGGUAAUAAAGUUCAAAGUGUUUAUUCUACUCCAGCAUAUUUAAGAUCAAAUACACCACAACAAUAUUCAAAUUUAGCAUCUUCAACUAUUGCAUCUAAUCCAACAGCAUCUGCAUCUGCAUCUGCAUCUGCAUCAAGACAACCAAUAAAUCAUAGUAAAAAUAAUUUAUCAAUUUCAUCUCAUUUAACUUUAUUUACAUUAGGUAGUCAGUCAGACAAUCAUUCAUCAGACCUUCCAAAAAAUAGAGAUUUAUCACAACAACCUGCUCAAUCAGCAUCAAAUCUAAUUCCAUCAGAUCAACCAACUCAAGCUAUUCAUCCAAUUCAACCAGUUCAACCAAUAUCACAACCAUUACAACAACAAUCAAAUUCAGUCUUAGAGUCAUUACUUUCUGAACUUAUACACGUUGAUGGAUCAAAUAUAAAUAUUUAUUUACUUUCUGCAAUCUACAAAAUCAAUAUGCCAUUUCCUUUAGAUGAUUUUUAUAAUUUAUUAUAUAAUGAUGAUGCAAAUAAAUCAUUUGUUAGUAAUUUCAAUUUUUCACAAAAAAUGGAUAAAACUCCAAUAACAUCACAAAUUUCUUCAACUUAUGUUCAUAUUGUAACUGAAAUAUUAAAUACUUUUAAAGAUCCAAAUUUAUUAUUAGAAUAUUUUCCAGAUCAUGAAGAUAAAGAAAAUAAAUUUGGUACAAUUAAUUAUCAUGAAUUAUUAAGAACAUUUUUAGCUAUUAAAAUCUUACAUGAUAUGAUGAUUCAAUUACCAUUAACAAGUGAUGAAGAUCCUCAAGAUUAUACAAUUCCAAGAUUAUCAUUAUAUAAAACUUAUUUUAUUAUUUGUCAAAAAUUAAUUGCAUCAUAUCCAAGUUCAAGUAAUACAACAAAUGAACAACAAAAAUUAAUUUUAGGUCAAUCAAAAUUAGGUAAAUUAAUUAAAUUAGUAUAUCCAAAUUUAUUAAUUAAAAGAUUAGGUAGUAGAGGUGAAUCUAAAUAUAAUUAUCUUGGAGUUAUGUGGAAUGAACAUAUUAUUGAUGAUACUUUUAAAAAAUUAUGUGAAGAUUAUGAUAUACCAGAAUUAAUGGAUUUAUUUAGUAGUGAAAAUUCAACAAAUCCUUUUAUGAUUCAACAAAGAAAUUUAUCAAUUGAAUCAUCUUCAUCAAAUAUUACAACAAAUACUCCAAAAAAAUCUCAUCAUCGUAGAAAUUCAUCAAAACUGAAAAUUAAACUUUCAAAUAUUUUAGAACCAUCUACUACAGAACUGGGACAAAUUGGAUCAUCUUCAUCUAAUAAGCAAAAAACAAAAUCAAUUUCAACACCAAGAUUAUCAUUCAUAAAAUCAAAUUCAUUAUAUCCUAAUACUACAAAUUUUACAAUACUUCGAAAUUUUCAACAAGAAGAAAACUGGUUUUCCUUAUUGUUGAAAAAGCUUUAUGAAAGUAAACCUCAAUUAGAUAAAGAAUUAAUUAAACUGUUUUUACUAACAAAUUCUAAUUUAUUGGUUAAAACUGAUUUAUUAAAUAAUCUCAUUAAUUCAUUUAUUAAACCAUUACUGGUCAAUCAAUAUGAUGAAAUUAAAAACAUUGAUUUAAAUUUAUAUUUAAUCUUAAUUUUAGAAUUAGUACCUCAUUUAUUAUUAAUCAAACCAUCAACUGAUUUAGAAUUUUUAAAAAAUUUAAGAAUUAAUUUAUUAUAUUUAAUUAAUAAUUUUAAUUCAGAAAUUAAAACUAUAGAUUCAAAUUUAUUUCCAAUUAAUAAUUCAACUAUUUUUUUAAUCAUAUUAAAGAAGUUAAUGAAUUUAAAUGAUUUAUUAAUAACUUUUAUAAAAUUAUUAAAUUUAAAAUCUACAAAUAUAUUAAUGUCAAAAGAUAUUGAAAAUUUUCUGAAAACUAAUUCAUUACCAAUAACUAAUCCAUCAACAAUUAAAUUAGAUUCAACUAUACCUCAAACAGAUGAUGAUUCAACAAAUCAAUUAUUUUUUAAUAUAACUCCAUUAAAUGAUUUAGAAUUCAAUUUUCAAAAAGAUAUAUUAACAAAUGAUUUAAUUUAUACAUUAGUUGGUUUUAAUUAUGAUCCAUUAUUAAAUAAUGAAAUAAAAUCUUCAAUUUCAAUAAAUUUUAUAACUGAAGAAAUAAAUAUAAUUGAUGAAUUUUUUAAAAAUGAUUUAUUAAAAUUUUUAAAUUCAAAUUCAAAUCAUUUAAACUCUGGUAGUGAAAUGAUUAAUCAAAAAAAUAAAUAUUAUAAUUAUAAUUUAAAUCCAACUAAUACUUCAUCUCCAACAAUUUUAAAUAAUCCAAGUUUAGAUAUUCAUUUAGAUCAUUUACAUUCUUCUUCAUCAAGUGAAACCUUAUUAAAUCCAACUAAUGUUACUUCAACUUCUUCAUCAGGUUUAUUUAAUAGAUCAAAACCUAUAAAUACACAACCUUCAGCACCAGCUCAACCACAACAACAACAACCACCACACCCACAACCAACAACAACAACUUCUUCAUCAGUCUUAUCACCAUCAGAAAGUUCAAGAUUAAUUUCAUUAUUUCAAUUAAUUGAUGAAAAAUUAUUAUCAAAUCAUUUUAAAUCAAAAUAUCCAAUAUUAAUAUUUAAUAAUUAUUUAUCUUAUAUUUUAAAUGAUAUUUUAAAAUAUAUUUUUUUAAAUCAACAACAACUGCAAAAUAUUGAAUUAUCAAGAAGAACUGUUGAUGAAGAAGAAGAAGCACCGUCAACAGAUAAAGAAAAAUCAUCUUCAUCAGCAAAUAAACUUAGUGGUGGUGAUUCAAAUAAUAGUUUCGGAGCAUGGUGGGUUUUUAAUUCUUUAGUUCAAGAAUAUUUAAAUUUAAUUGGAGAAAUUGUUGGAUUAAAUGAAAGUCUUUAA